CUUUCGCUCUGGCUGGCGUGUGAGUCUGGGAACGAAGGCUUUUGCUGAGCGGGACAGCGAAGGCUAUUGCUAAGCGGAAGUCAAAGAAAGACCUUACGGAGAGGUCUGUGGGAGGCACUAGACUGAAAGGAAGCUGCCGCAAGGAGCACCAAACCAGAUGCCUUCUUCUAUUUCAUCAGAUCAAGAUGACUUGGAGACCUGUAUACUAAAAAUUUUUAACCUGGAUUUAAAGGAUACAAGUCUUACUAGUCCCAGCAGCAAUCUCAAAGCAGAGUUAGAUGGCAAUACAAAGAAGAAAUACUCAUUUGCAAAGAAAAAGGCCUUUGCCCUUUUUGUCAAAACCAAGCAAGUUCCAACCCUUUCUUUGGAAUGUGAGGAAAGCCAGUGGAAGUGCUGUCAGCAUCUAUUCACAGACCAAACCAGCAUCCACAGACAUGUGGCAACACAACAUGGUGAUGAAAUUUAUCUCCAGACUGCUGCUAUUUUAAAGCAACUGGCCGCCAAUUUGAGUGCCUCAAAGAGCCUUGUGUCUGCACACCAAAAGAACUCUCCAGAAGAGUCCUUCACUCAUAGCCAUGAAGUAUCUGCGUGGCUCCCUGACAUCAGCCGCUUUAGCACUGAUGAGCUAAUGAGUGGCCAGGGCAGUGAGGAAGGGGAGGUGCUACUUUAUUACUGCUACCGGGACCUGGAGGAGCCCUAUCGGAUCUGUGCCUGGCAGACAGCUCUGUGUGAGCAUCUGCACCUCACUGGCAAGGUUCGAAUUGCUACUGAAGGAAUCAAUGGGACGGUUGGAGGAAGCAAACUGGCCACCAGACUCUACGUGGAAGUCAUGCUUUCUUGCCCAUUAUUUAAGGAUUAUCUGUGUAAAGAUGACUUUAAGACCAGCAAAGGAGGAGCUCACUGUUUUCCAGAAUUGCGUGUUGGUGUAUUUGAAGAAAUCGUGCCCAUGGGGAUCAGCCCCAGUAAGAUCUCCUACAAGAAGCCCGGAAUCCAUUUAUCACCAGGUGAAUUUCAUAAAGAAGUAGAGAAAUUCUUAUCUCAGGCAAAUCAAGAACAAAGUGAUACUAUUCUACUAGAUUGCAGAAACUUCUAUGAAAGCAAAAUAGGGCGAUUUCAGGGCUGCUUAGCCCCAGACAUAAGGAAAUUCAGUUAUUUCCCUAGCUACGUUGACAAAAAUCUAGAACUUUUCAGAGAGAAGAAGGUGCUGAUGUACUGUACCGGGGGGAUCCGUUGUGAGCGUGGUUCAGCGUACCUCAAAGCCAAGGGAGUGUGUAAGGAAGUGUUCCAGCUCAAGGGCGGCAUCCACAAGUACCUGGAAGAGUUUCCCAAUGGUUUUUACAAAGGGAAGCUGUUUGUUUUUGAUGAGCGCUAUGCCCUGUCCUACAACAGUGCUGUGGUGUCAGAAUGCUCAUACUGUGGGGCUCAGUGGGACCAGUAUAAACUCUGCUCCACUCCUCAAUGCCGCCAGCUUGUUCUGAUCUGCCCUGCCUGUCAAGGACAAGGAUUCACAGCCUGUUGUGUCAUGUGUCAAGACAAAGGGAACAGGCAGGCUUCAGACCUUCCCCAGGAUAGCUUUAAAGAGGAGUGUGAGUGCACAGCCCGGCGGCCACGCAUCCCGAGGGAAAUCUCUCAGCCUGGUCCACUCCCUGUGAGCCCAGAUGUUGGCGAGGAUCCUUUGCUUGUAUGAGCAUUUGCCAGAUCUUCACAAAGUCGUUGGGGUCUAUUAGGAGAAUGUCAAGGCUACAGAAACCAAUUGGAGAUUUGGCGCUCAGUGCCACCAUAGCAAACUGGUCACCAUGUUGGUCGCAUACACUUUACAAGAGAAGAGGGAUAGGAAGUGUUGGCCACUUACCUGAACCAUCCUGGUUCAGAACAUGCUAGCACACA